UAACAGUUCCCUCCAGCCUCACCAGGUCAUCUAUGGGCAGGCCGUCCAACCCUUCGCCGACCGAUCCACAGCUUCUCCAUUGUCCUUGGGUUCUUCGGACAAUGUGCCCCGAUCAUUUGAGCUUAUACGUUAA